CUUCACAUUCAUUACAUAUUUUCAUCUGGGUUUCAAUAGUCUUGGUGUUUUGUGAUUGGAUUGUGUGCUUUUUUGUUGAAUUGAAAAGCUAUAUGCUGUUAAUUGUGGUGCAAAAUUGUUCAGUUGGGAAUUGGAGUUUUCUCUGCUGCUAUAUAAUGUUUAGAAGUUUAUUGGAUUAUGUUGGUGAAGAAAUGGAUGCGUUAUUUGUGUAAAAACUUAGCUUAGCUUAAUUUCAUGACUUUGGGUCGGAAGGAAGUUGAGGUACCAUUGAUUGGCAGUUUGGGAAGUAUCCAAGUUUUGUAAGCACCUGCAAGGUUUGGUAAACUUCCGACGGCGGGCAUUUGUUCACAUCCUCACAUGGUGAACACAAAUAUCACUGACUCCCAGCGCUGAACGGUAUGGUAACUUGAGGAGAGCCCGUUCCCAGUGAUUGCAUCGGGUUCUCUGGUUUUUGAAAAUUUUCGAAGUACAUUUCCAGACUUUACACUGAUCUGUGGUGCCUUCUCCUCUGUGAUAAAAUCGGAAAGCAGACUGAAUUGUUUAUCCAAAAAAAGUUGAGGAAAAUUAACAGAACCAACCAUGCAAACCGCUUCAUAUCUUCAUCCGUUCUCUUAUUUUGCUGACAGAAGAAGCCUUUUGAAACCAGAUGGGUGGAGUAAAUCACAAACCUCAUAUUCAAGUGAUCUUGUCAGGAGAGUUCUGAUUACUAGAAGACCUCAGACAUGUAAGUUUCUCUUGCCUAAGCAACAAACCAGAUUGUUUGCAAUUCCCAACAUAGAUGAUGGCCACCCUUCUGCCUCUGUGUUAGAAGAUUCAAAUACAAAUCAUGCACCCAAUUCAGAAGCGAAGACGGUGUUGCACAAAUGGUCACCUCCCACGUAUAUGUGGAGGGGGUUUUCAGCUCUUAUCCUGGCAGGACAGGUUAUUUUGAGAACUUUGAAGGGCAAAGUGCACUGGGGAAAUACACUUCAGCAAUUAAAGAGAGUUGGGCCAGGUUCAGUCGGGGUCUGUCUCUUGACUUCAACAUUUGUUGGCAUGGCCUUUACGAUCCAAUUCGUUAGGGAAUUUACUAGAUUAGGGUUAAGCAGAGCCGUUGGUGGGGUUUUAGCACUGGCUUUCUCAAGGGAGUUGAGUCCUGUAAUUACAUCAAUCGUGGUUGCUGGGCGUAUUGGAAGCUCAUUUGCUGCAGAGUUGGGAACAAUGCAGGUUUCUGAGCAAACCGACACUCUGAGAGUUCUUGGGGCUGACCCGGUUGAUUAUCUUGUGACUCCAAGGGUGAUUGCUACAUGUAUUGCUCUUCCGUUUCUGACUCUAAUGUGUUUCUCAGUAGGGAUGGCAUCCAGCGCCCUCCUUUCCGAUGGCAUUUAUGGUGUUAGCAUCAACAUUAUAUUGGAUUCAGCUUGCAGAGCUCUCAAACCAUGGGAUAUAAUUAGUGCAAUGAUCAAGUCACAGGUUUUUGGUGCGAUCAUAUCGAUUGUGAGUUGUGCUUGGGGAGUGACCACUAUGGGAGGAGCCAAGGGUGUUGGAGAGUCAACAACUUCGGCUGUGGUUAUAUCUCUUGUUGGGAUCUUUAUCGCAGAUUUUGUACUCUCGUGUUGUUUCUUCCAGGGAGUUGGAGAUUCAUUGAAGAGGCUCUAAGUGGUUGUUGAUAAGCUAAAGGAGAGGCUGAAGCAGGAAAUAAAUCAAAGUAUGUAUUCUUGGCUGCGUGACAUUUUCGCACAAUGGCAGGUCAGCUUGUAGUACUCCUUGAUGGUUGUUGAGGCAUUAUACAGAGGAAUAUAUAUUGUUUUUCUCCCCCCAUCAUUCGUUAAUGCCGAAUGCAGUGAGGAGAGCAGUUUUUGGAGUAAUUUUGCAUUAAGAAUCACAAAAGACGACCUGAAGUAUCUCAUUGCAAAGUAAGCGGGCUCGGCGUUGAGAGUCUUGAUGUAGGGUUUUGUACAUCUCCUUUCACUGUUAAUCGUUGUGAAUUUUCUCUUAAAAUAGCAAAACAACGUUGUUAAACGAGGCUAUUGGAGAUGCUCUUAGCUUUCCGCCAUUGAAAUUUCCAAUUUCGACACAAGUUAUAUCAUGAAAAUUUCGUUUUGUGACA